AUGCCUAGUCUUGUAGAAACCCCCGAGUCUCUCUUCACACCCAAAGUCCAAUCCAAACUUCAUGCCAGUCGUGAGAAAGCAUCUCGGGACUUUCGCUCCGAUGUUGUCACCGUCCCCAUCGAGGAGAUGAUGACUGCCAUCCUGGAAGCAUCUGUCAACGACGACAUCUACGACCCAGAAGGUGACCCUUCCGUCAAAGCCCUGGAAGCUCGUCUUGUAGAGAUGACAGGGAUGGAAGCUGCUCUUUGGGCCAUCUCAGGCACACAGGGAAACCAGAUUUGCUUGAGGACGCAUCUCACACAGCCACCGCAUAGUGUUCUUCUGGAUCAUCGUGCGCAUGUGCAUUGUUGGGAGUCUGGGGCUUUGCCUGUCAUUUCUCAAGCGAGUGCUACGACGAUUCAUGCGAAGAAUGGAGUUCAUUUGACGUUGGAAGAUGUUAAGAAGAAUAUUAUUGCUGAUGGGAAUAUUCACUUCCCACCUACUAGGGUUGUAUCUCUAGAGAAUACCCUCUCUGGAACGAUUCUACCACUUGCAGAUGCACAAGCAAUCUCCAACUAUGUUCGCUCAUUCCCAGUUCCAGAAGGCCAGAAGCCCAUCGCUAUGCAUCUUGACGGCGCUCGUAUCUUCGACGGCGUAAUUGGAGAAGGCGUUGAUCUCAAGGCGUAUGCAGCAUGCUUCGACAGUAUCUCCAUCUGUCUAGCAAAGGGCAUUGGCGCCCCAAUGGGUAGUGUCAUUCUCGGCAAGAAGCCCUUUAUCGAGCGGGCCAAGUGGUUCAGGAAGAUGCUGGGAGGUGGCACUCGACAGCCAGGAAUGAUGGCGGCGGCAGCUCUCGCAGCUCUGGAGUACAGCAUUCCAAGGUUUUCAUUGGUGCACACGAUGACCAAGGAAGCUGCCGCGAGACUUGAAGCGGUUGGGUAUAAGUUUGUCCUUCCGGUGCAGACCAACAUGAUCCUACCCGAUAUUGAAGCCGCUGGUAUUCCGCCGGCAGCAUUUGUCGAGUAUUGUGCGAAGGAGAACAUUGCGGUAUUCCCAAUGGCUAGACUCGUGUUUCAUCACCAGACGUCAGAGGCGGCUGUUGAGAGCCUGGUGAAAGCGUUGACAAGGUUGAUGGAAGAUAAGAGGAACGGUGUGGCUCUGAACGACGGGGAGGCCCAUGGAGGAUACAGCUAA